AUGACCGUCGAGGAGGUGAAGAACAUCGGGCCCGGUGAGGCUCCGGACUAUGAUUCCAAGGAUACGGCCCAGGUCCACUCGACCAGUGAUUCUGCUUCUGCUUCUUCGAUAGAGGACCGACGCGGGACAGUCAAGGUUGUUGACUGUGCGUUCGAUACUACAGAGGAUCCCCGAUAUUAUAAGCCUAUUGAAAGCUAUGAAGGAUAUCACCGCUGGGACCCAGAGUUUGAAUGGACAGAAGACGAAGAAAAGGCAGUUGUCCGGAAGAUCGACUGGCGGAUCUGUACAUUUGCCUGUAUUACAUUUUUCGCUCUUCAGCUGGACCGUGGUAAUGUGGUUCAAGCCACUUCCGACAAUAUGUUGGAGGACUUAGGCUUGACAACCAACAACUAUAACACUGGUCAAACAAUUUUCCUCCUGUGUUUUCUUUUCGCCGAAUUGCCAUCCCAAUUGAUCUCUAAAUGGGUCGGUCCCGACCGUUGGAUCCCCAUCCAAAUGGUCUCCUGGAGCUUGAUUGCGGCUUGCCAGGCCUUCGUGAAGAAUAAGAGUGGCUACUACGCUUGCAGAGCGAUGCUUGGUCUUUUGGAAGGUGGAUUUAUUCCGGACACUAUCCUUUUCCUAUCCUUCUGGUACAAGACCAAGGAACUACCUAUUCGUCUCAGCUACUUCUGGGUUGCCUACCAAGCAACUUCGAUUGUCAGCGCAUUUCUCGCAUACGGAUUCUUGCAUAUCCACAACUCGGAAGGCACAGGUGGUUGGCGAUACCUGUUCGCCUUCGAAGGCCUAAUCACCGGUGUGAUUGGAAUCAUCGCCGCAUUUUGGAUGCCCGCUUCGCCGACACAGACUGCUGGCUGGUUCCGCGGCAAAAACGGCUGGUUCAAUGAGCACGAGGAGAAGAUUAUGGUCAAUCGUAUCUUGCGGGAUGACCCCAGUAAGGGAGGCAUGCACAACCGUCAGGCGGUUACUCCCAAGAUGCUCUGGAGCGCUCUCAAGGACUACGACAUGUGGAUCAUUUACCUGCUGGGUUUGACCUGGAUGAUUCCCAGUGUUCCCACCUCCAGCUAUAUCAGUCUAGAACUGAAAUCGCUGGGCUUUGGUACUUUCCACACCAACCUACUGACCAUCCCGGCUUACGUGAUUUUCAUCGUGAACCUACUGUGGAUUACAUGGGUCUCCGAAAGAUUCAAUCAGCGUCUCCUGCUGGGUGUCUUUGCCGAAUUUUGGGCUCUAGUCCUCCUGAUCGCUCUGGAAGUGCUUCCGGCUGGAGCCAGUACCUGGGCUCGAUGGGCUCUGAUCGUCCUGCUACUCUCCAUGCCGUACGUUCAUGCCAUUAUUGUGGCGAUGGCCUCGCGCAAUGCGGGGACAGUGAGAACGCGGACGGUUGCUACUGCACUUUAUAAUAUGUCAGUGCAGGUCAGCAAUAUCAUCGGUAACAAUGUGUACCAAGCCAGCGACAAGCCAUACUAUCGCACUGGCAAUGCCGCUUUGAUUGGUGUUGCUGUUUGGAGUGGACUGUUGUUCAUUGCUGCUAAGAUGUACUAUGUGUGGCGAAACAAGCAAAAUGCCGCUAUCUGGGACAAUAUGUCAAGCGAAGAGAGGGAGCGCUACGUCGUUGAGAAUAGCCACCUGGGCAAUAAGAGGGUUGAUUUCCGUUUUGUGCAUUAG